AUGGCUCUCAUCAGCAAUGACCUUACGGUGCACAUCGCCGAGCACGUCGAUAUGGAUUCCAUGGUCUCUCUUAUGCUCAGCUCGAGAGCCAACUACCGGCUCAUCAGGGGUUACGAACGGUCCAUUGUGAAGGCCAAGCUUGCAAGGAUGGCUCACGACCCCAUACUGAGACCCCCUCUCGGGGCGCUUCUUUCAUCAUCAACUGUUCCGGGCAAGCCGGGGAUGGGAUCCCCCCACCGCAGUGUCUUGGAACCCGAGAGCUUUGCCGUCGCCGCCGAGCUAGACUUGCGAGAUCGUCGGAUCAACGACCUUUUCAACCCCAAAUCAUCAACAAGUCUUUGCGCCGGCAGGCCACUCACAGAAACCAUCAGUCGGCUGUCCCUUUUCCAGAACCUCCCGCCAGACCAAAUGGAGCGCCUGAUCGACGGCCUCAAAGACGCCUGCCGAGUAGCCGACCGCAUCGCCGACUGCGCCGCAUCCGUGCAUCUCGAGCAGCAGAACAAACCCACCACCACCGCCCACCUCAAGGACAACAACCAUGCACCCGGCGAGGACCCCAGAGCCAUCGACCACGAAACCCACCUCACCCGCCAGCAAUACAUACGCUCGCUGCCGCCCAUCCGCCUCGCCUUCCUCACCCUCCUCGCGAGCCUGCUCGGCGCGGAAUACGCUCAGCAGCUCCAACAAUCUCCCCACCCGGACCCGUUCCAGUGGGAGCGGACCACGGCCUUCAAGGAGGCCUUUCUCCGCCACGGCACCGUCCUCGUCGCCGCCCUGCUGGGUCCGUCCGAGAGGUGGAUUGAGAGUGAGACCGAGAGCAAUCCUGAGGCCACCACGGCAAGUACAUGCGGUGGUGGUGGUGGUUUUGUGGCCUGCCAACCGGAUGCGCCCCGCACCCGGAGCGGGUCGGCGACGCGAUACUACACAUCGCAAGUCACGGCUGUGUUGAUGGAGCUGCUGGCGUACGAGGGGGGGCACUGGGGCUUUUUGCGACCGGCUGGGGAUGAGGGCGAGAUGGGCCAUCACCACUGCCGGAAAUCAAGCCGGACCAGAGGGAGACUCUGGUUCUCAAAUGGAUUGCGCAGCGAUGACCGGCCCCGAUCCAAUGAAGCCGGCGACGAUGGCCACCUAUAG